AUAAACAAAAGUCAAAACUGUCAAUGGAAUUGGAGUCGUAAAUGAAAUUCGUUUAUUUAUAUUGCAGUUACAAUUUUUUAAAGUUGUUUUCAUCAUUAGCAGAUAAUUAUUAACCUCUAAAAGAGGUACUUUUAUUUGAUUGUGUAAUUACAAUCUUUCAUUAACUUUCAUUGACUAACCUUAAAAACAACAAUAGUAAUAAGUGCCGACGACUCAAACAUUUUAAUAUUCGUAUUGUAAACAUGGAUCCACAUAAAAACAGUGCACCUACAAGAAAUAUAGUUAAAUCGGAUUGUGACAAUGAGAAAAAUACUAAUUGCAAAAGUCCUGCCAUACAACGAACUCUAAAUGACAAUGCCGAAAAUGUGUUUACAUCUGUGUCAAAUCAAAUAGAGUCAACUUUAACUCCUUCUAAUGGACCUCAUUCUAAACUUUGUAACUCGUCUAGUAACGAAUCAGGUCCGCAAUCGAGCAAGUCCGCUGAACUUAGUUUAGAAUAUAACCAAAAUGUUGGUGCAAAAUUUCAAGGAAACAAAGUAAGCAAUUUUAAUACUGACUCUCCUGAAUCUGUAAGCUCUAGUAAAACUGAAUCACUUUCAUUUAGUAUUGAAGCGCAGCCAUGUCAAAGACAUAAAGUAUGCUUGGAUAAAGCAGCCAAUUGUUACAUGACCCCAUCAACAAGUGGUACUAGUAAAGAUACUGAAAACAGUACAUUUAAGGAGAGUAGAAAAAGGCCCUCUACUUUAAAACUUAAUAGACAAAAUUUUGAUGCUGAAGACAGUUCGAGUGACACAGGUAAUGAUGAUUAUUCAUUAGGUUCAGAAGAUGGAUGUAUAUAUACUUAUAGAGGUGGGCAGCAUCUAGCAGAUUUGCCAAGCUCUUUUUUUAGUUUAGACAUGGGUUUGCCAUUAGAUAAGCACUUGCCUGUUCCUCCAAAUUAUCAAGUGCAAAACCAGGCAGCACCAGCAAGGGAGCAAGGCUCUAGAGCAUCUAGCCCUGAUAUGGACUUCCUAGAAAUGGAUUUUGAUCCAGGGCCUUCUUGUGAAGUAGAUACAGGAGAUGAAUCAUCUCCUGAUGUGGAAUUAAAUGGAGUUAACAAUAUGCCUGAAGAAAAUGAACCUGUUAUUAAAAGAAUUUCUCCAGAGUAUGUAGGUGGAACUAAACCAAACCCUCCAGCUAAUGUAUCUGUUGAGACCUUCCGCAAUGAAGUAGAGUUUGCUUAUAAUGUGCCAUCUACGAGCUGUGGCAUAUCAUCAGGGCAGGGUGAUAUUGGAGACAUACCCAAAACUACUCACUCAAAUUAUGGGCCAUUCAUUACUCAUAUAAAUGUUAGAGGAGAACAAAUAUUGGUCCGUAGAACAAUGUCCCAUUGGACUGCCAAUGUACCUGCCAGCCUACAUGUUUCGAGUGGGGAUUUAGUAUCACCACGAGAAAUAUUAAACUAUGAGGAGCAACCAGGUAGCUCACUUGUAUAUCAAAUAAAUCAAGGACCAACUUUUGAUUCUGCUAAUCUAUCAUCAGCAUUAUACCAUUUGACUAUGGCACAAAGAUUAAUGGCAGAUCAAACAGAAUCUGAAAAUAAACCUGAUGUAAAGAUGGAUGCACAUAAAAGUGCAGACGCUAUUCCUGGGUGCAGUACAGCAGACCCAAGAUGUAUAGAACCAGAAAGGAGUAUGAUAUGGUCAGAAAGAGAGGCAUGUGAACGUCAAGUCACACAAAUUGGCACAUCUGCCUGUGGAGCUACAGCAGUUGUAAAUGUAUUUAUUGCAUUGGGUGUACCUGUUAACUUAGAAAAAAUAAAUUCCGCUGUCGGUACAAGAUUAAGAGCAAACAAUGCUCCUUUACCAAGGUAUUUAUUGUCGCGUGCAGUGGCUGGUUGCACGGCCGCGGACCUUGUGGCUGGUAUCCAGAGAGCGUCAGAUGGCCUGGUCACUGCAAGAUUCUUCCCAACAUACCCAGAAAGGGCCAUGUCAUUAUCACAUUGGUUGGCAGAUUGGAUCUCACUAGGUGCAGUACCAAUUUUAACCCUCAAUCUCCAAGUUGGUUGCGACAGUGAGAUACCUGAUGCUUGGCAUCAUCAAAUGGUGUUUGGUGUGUCACCUCAAGGGGUUUACCUCUGCAAUCCUGUGGAAUGCGUUCGGGAGACAACAUUAUGGCCUCGGCUAACAUCACCUUCCGUGCUUCUUGUGAGAACGAGGGAUGUAUUAGCCAGGUUCAAUGAUGUCACUGACCUGACGCCGUUAAUGGCCGUUCCUGAUAGGCGUUUUCACACAUACAAUGUGCUUGGUCAAGUGGCGAAUGUGAUACGGGAGUGGCGAUCCACGGGGUGGUCUGAACACGGCACUCGAACGCACCACAUUCGAUUGCCUGCGUCAUACCAGGCGGGCAUCACGGUCGCCGCACUCACAGGCUCCGAGGCCCACCGUCGGCUUGUCCAUUCACCCCAGCUACCCAUCCUCGGACCACAAGGCGACCCAGCCUGAGAUAAGUAACUACUGCCACUAAGGCAUAUUGUAAAUGUAUUCCGAACUAUGAAUAAUGAUAAAUAAAAAAUCGAAUAAAUCUAUUAUUAACAAUGUCUUUGACGCAAUAGCAAGUACGUUGCGUAAAUAAUAAUCGAUUUUAGAUCGUGACCAUUAUGGAUUUUUUUUUCUAAUUUGACUCGGGUAUGGAUCGUAUUCCCAGAUGUUCAUUGUUUGAUUUCUUGUAACACGGUAUUCUUCCUUAACGACCAGAGUACUGUAUCUUCAAUUGUUAGAAUACAUUUGUGAAAGUAAAUCAUGCAAGAACAUCAAUAAUAAUGCUAGUAAUAUGGUUACACAGCUAACACAAGCUAUGUGCCCAAGAAUCGAAUAACACCAAUGUUUUUUUAAUCGAUUAAUUGAGAUAAAUUUUAAUCUUUUAGUAAUAAUCCUUUACUGCCAUCUUAAAGUGGCAGCCAUCAAAUUAAGUAUACAAUUCACUUCUCAUGGUGUCUUUGUACAGUAACGGAAGAUAAAAUUGCUAUAAUAAACAAUCAUAUAUAAUUAACGCAAGUAAAAGACAUUUAUAAGUUCAAUUAUAUUUAGACUGUGACAUCAAAUUUCAGUAAAAUACAAAGCAGUUGCAGGGUUAAAGCAAAGUGUUUAUAAAUCACAAUUUUCCAUUAAAUAAUUUAAGUGAAUAAUAUUUAAAUGUCAACAAUUUCCAAUGUUUUAUUUAAUUAUUGGCUACUAUGAAAUGUAUGUACAAUUAUAAACGAUUUUCUUUAAUUAAUAUUUAUGUUAGUUUCGUAUUUUCUUAUAAUUUUUGUUUCAAUGUUUAUCUGUAUAUAAAUUCUGUGUGUAAUUAGGACGUAACUACACGUUAGAUUUUUCACCAACUGAGGGUUUUAGUUGCGUGUGCUAUGAAUUAAAAUGAGACUGCAAAACUGUACCCAUAUAGGUUAUUAACAACUAAACUGUUUAGUCGUGUGGAUAUGUCCUAAUAUUUUUGCUACAAAUUAUAUUAUGUUGAUGUAUUUUUACUAUUACAACAAAAAAGACAUUAAAUGAAAAGGAGAGGAUGUGACCUGAUUAAACGUGCUUUAUUUACUAAAAUUGUUAAUUACAUACAUUGAAACAACAUAUCUGUAUUAUAUUUCCGAUUGCAUAAAAAGAUCAGAUUUUAUACAGCUGUUUGUAUUCAAUAUUCAUAACAUUAUAUUAAAUACCACCGAAACACCCUUAUCCCAAGUAAAUAAGUUUCAUUAAAACAAAAAAUUUACAUUUAAUUUAAUUAUUUAACAAACAUGCAUAGGUACUGUUAACAUCAAAAACCGAUUAAAACAAUAAUAUUUAAAAAAAUAAUUUUUGUUACUUUAUAUAAAUAAGACGCGAUAUUUGGAUGAGCUUCAUAAAAUAUUAGUUUUUAAUACCUGAUUGUACCUGUAAGUUUUUAAUAUAUGAUCAAUACUGCAAGAAUGGUGUGCGUAUAAGCGUUUUAAAAUUUGGAUGUGUUAAUUGGUCGUUGGUGCUAGCUGUACUCACAUUAUAAUUCAUUUUUCCAUUAUAAUACUGUUUUGCUAAAAGGAAAUGAAAAAUUAUAUAAUUCUUUUAUUGCAUUUUUGCAGUCUUUCACAUUUGUUGCUUUAAAUAUUAGAGCUCCCUCCAAACUCUGUGAAGAUUCAGUGAAAUUGGCUUUAUUUCCAAUUAAGCUAGCUACAUUCAUUUUAUUGAUUUGUAACGCUUAAAAAGUAUGUACUGUAUGAGUAAUAAAAAGAUGGUAUGCUGACUGGUUGUUCAUUCAUGUAGCUUUAUUACAUUCAGCACCAUAUUUUUUAAAACUAAAAUAAUUAUCGCACACUCUAAGCUAAGCGACCGUACUUUUAUAAUACGAUCAAAUAGAUUCGUACCACAUGAUAAUUUAAUGCUUAGCGACAUCAGCCUCUCGACAUUGGUGUCGUCAAUUUAAAAUAUAUAUUAAGUAAUAAACUUAAUUAUAUGUCUUUAGUAUAGUUCGGACUUCUUUUGAAUAUACAUUGGUCGAAUGGCAAGAAAUAUAGUAGAAAUAGAAUACUGAAAUAACGAUAAUUAAUAUUUUGUUUAGUUGCUAAAUGCCUUACCAGUCGACUGAAUACUAAAACAAUCUGAACUAAGCUUAACAUAAUGUCUUAACUUCAAAUCCCGAUUGUAUUCUUACUGUCUCUAAACUUAAUUUAGACAAGUUAUUUGUUUUCUUGAAUUUUUUUAAAUACAAAUGAAUUUAAAGUUUAUAUAGCUAUAUUACAACCGGUAAACAUGGUGUGGCAGAUAUGGUUUACGAAUUUUUUGUCUCUUUCUAUUGUGAAAAAAUGUAUGCUUUCUUAAAUACAUAACCUACUUAUCUUUUGAUUUCUAUUUGUUAUGCCCCCUCUGUUAUAUUUUGUAUAUUAUGGCUAUUGUUUCUCGUAAAUAUUUAAAUAAAUUAUAUUAAGAUUAAUUCACAUUAAUUUCUUAGAGCUUCAAUUUCUAUAUCAUAUCGCUUAAAUAUUUGUUGUUUUCUAAUGUACAAUUAUAGUUACUAAACUCAUACUCGUAUUUUUUGUAUAACGGAAGCAGUGUGAUUGGCUAAAUUUUAUUAGCCACGUAAGAGAGUAAAGUGUAAAUAAUUCAUUAAGGGAUAUCUUAUUAUAUAUUAGUCAAUUGGUGCUUACUAGUCAAAAUUAUAUUAGCACAAUACCUAUCUGUAAACGUUGCAACUCAUAUACAUACAUUUGUAAACAAGAUUAAUUGUACUUUAUGUAAGACUUAUAUUAUCACAUUAUGUUAUUCAUUGUAAUAAUAUCACUACUGUUGGCGGUCAAUGAAAUACUUGGGGAUAUAACAACAACAACCUAAUUAAAAAAAAAUAAAAGCAAAAUCCUCUAAUAAAUAAAGUUUUUAUAAUUUCCAUACAGCCAAUGAUGCAGUAUGUAGCAACAUAAUGAGGAUAAUGGGUUGUAACUCAUAUUUACUCUUAUUGUUACAUUUAUUUUAUUCAAUUUUUUUUUUUUUUAAUAUAAGGUCAAUUAAGUAAUUAUUAUUUUUUUCGUUUUAAAGGAUAUACUGACCGUAAAUAUGUUUUAGUUGGGAAAUAGUAGAUCCCGUGUAAAACUUCUAUCUACUAUUCCUAAUUCAAAAUUAAUUAUUUCUUUAGUCUUCUUCAGACUGCUUUAGUGUUUAAAUGAAACGUACGUAGUAAUUUAGCAGCAAAAAUUGUCUGAAUAACAAUGUUAGUCACUUAUAGUCGAAUAGGUCGAACAUUACUAUAGGUACUCUCUAUUCGAUUAAUUUACUAAAGCAGUCCGAUCAAGGCUUACUUUUUUGGGGUAUAAACACUUGAAGAAUUACAUUGGCCUCCGAAAUAUAGCACUAUUAAACUCAUAUGAAAAGGACUGUAUAUUAAUUAAUAUUAUUUUGUAAUUCAUAGUUCUAUAUUAUUUUAUUUGCUCUUUAAUAUAUAUUUGUUUUUUUUUUUAUAGACUACUAUGUGAACGAAUGGGUGCGAUUACUUCUAAAUUGCUCCUGUAUAGAUGUAUAAUCUUUCUAUAAAAUGUCAUUACUUAUAAUGUGUAAGUACCUAUAAUUUAGCAGUUGUUGAUAUGAGUCAUUUAUUUGUAAGUACCUAAUGUCGUUUUGGUUCAGUCCCACUGAACCAUUGUAACGUAACUCGAUAUAGAAGCAAUGUUAUGUAUAACAUUAUAUUUUUGGAAUAUACUAUGAUAGAAUGUA